AGCAGCCCAGUUUUCCUUUUACUUUCGAUCGCAAUUCAUGCCACCAGCGAAAACGAUCAUAGUCGUGGUUUAAAACAUAAUUUCGUUCGAUUAUUCGACACGUUGUUGAAAUUACCAAAGAGAUCGGGACUGUUGGAUUCAUCGCAAUGGAACUCGGAAACCGACACCCUGGACGACCGUCAAUUGUUUUGGAAUACAAACCCGACUGUGCACAGUUCGAUUGUUCCCAUGGAUGAGAAGUUGGAGACUCCAUUUCUUUUUGGACGUCAAAAUAGCGGAUGCACGUGCAAGGCUGUGGUGCUCGUUGAAGAAGCAUUUUGCAUAACCACUUGUGCCACAGCCGAGACUCAAUGCGGCCAAACGUGUACACGCACAACGACCUUUUCUGGUUACACGAAAUUUGGUGCAUUGCCAAUUUAUCGGCAAUCUUUACAAAUCGAUGAAAAAGCUUGUGAAAAGCUUGAAAUUGAUUGCAUCACGUCAUCGCUCUUGUCCGUGGCGAGCAGUUCGUCCGCAAUUGCAGCCACUGCGAGUGUCGUGGCUAAUAUCGCCCUAUCGGCCGGAAUAGCCGCUGGAAUAGCUGCGUUGGCAUUUGCUGCUAAAGAGAAAGAAACACAAAAUAAUGGAGAUAUUUACUAUGAAACAGAAGAUGCUUCCGUAACGGAAGAGGAAUAUUCACAAGCCUACGCGAAACGCUAUGCGAGGCGAUUCACGAAAGUUGGGGACGAAAGCGAUGAUUUGACUGGGCAAACCGAUAGCAAACGGGCAGGGAAUAUUCUGCUAGAAGAAGCGAGUGUCGAAGGGUCUAUUCACGCAAUAGACGAGACUUCAGAUGUGCCCAAUUUUUUACGUGCUGGGAGACAGUCUGGAUGUGGGUGUGAUCCGUUCACGUGUUUCGAUCAAGCGUGCACGACGGAGUGUGUAUCCUUGUCACAACUAUGCAAUGGAAGGGUGUGUACCUUAACUACGAGCGUCUCAAAAUUUCUGUACUUGGCUGUUUUCACCAGUUUUAGCGUGGUCAACACAAAAGAUUGUGAUGCACUUGCAAAUGUGUGCAGCGUGUCCUCCGCGAUGUCUUCCGCUCUUGCCGCAGCGUACGCAAGGUCCAAUGCGAUCGCAUUGAAUGCAGGAAUUGCUGGAGUCUUAUCGGCUGGAUUGGCUGGUGGGAAUAUUGCAGCAGUGGCCAAUUCCAACAGCCAGCAAAAUGAUAACAACGUCAAUAAUCAACAAGUCGGUGAUAAUAGUAACACUCAAGUACCACAACCUGGCAAUCAAACACCUACGAACGACCUCCCCUCACCAGUGCCCGGAUCGGAUUUUCCAGAUGAUGGCAGUGGAGUUAAUUCCAUUCAAUUUGAUGAUGGAAACAGCCAUCCACUUUUGACUAGAGGUCCCUGCAAUGGCACCAAUUUCUGGGUCACUGUGAAUCCUGUUACCUUAAAGGGAGGAUGUACUCCAAAACUAUGUGAAGACAGACGAGUGUUUGUGGGUCGCACAGGACUUUGCCACGAUAUCAAUGAUCCUCUCGAAUGCCAAGGAGGCAGACGUCUCUAUUACACAGCAUAUGGAGAUCCCAUUUGUGAUUGUCCCAUUGGACAAUAUCCUUUUCCUAAUCCAAAAGAUAAUUGUGUUGCACUGUUCUCCCGAGGUCCUUGCCCGGCUGAACAGGUGAUGACCAUAAGUCAAGGUGGACGACUGUUCUGUGCUCCAGCCGAGUGUCCAGCAGUUAACGGUGUAGACGAUUCACUGCAGCAAUUGGUGCCCAAUGGCAAAGGAGAAUGUUUCGCUCUAGGAUCUACUGGACCUUGUUCAGCUUCUCAACUGCUGGGCUAUGACGUUUUUGAACGUCAGCUGGAGUGCGUCAAUACCACGGAUCCAUCCUCGCCCUAUUUUUCCCUUUCAUCCCAAGAACGUGGGCUGAUUGAUAGAGCCAUACUCGAUGCACUCCUGCUGCACCAGUUUCAUCCAGACGAUAAUGAUCUUCAAUUUGAACUAAUUCAACAAGCUAAACGAGGCAUAAGUAAGAGCAAAAUCCAACGACAGGAUGCAACUACAGCCGGAAUAUUUCAAUUGCCAAGUUCGUUACCUGAUCCUCUUCUUCAACCUUGUCGGACUGGAGCACGUCAGGGAGAGAAUUUCAAAUGCACUAAUCCUCUAAUAUCUGACUCAUCAGCGUCGGGACUAGCCCUACCUCCAGUUAAUCCCAAUUUCAGUUGCCCGGAUAGCACAUUUUUACAGGCAACUGGUCAAUGCGUAGAUGAUAGUCGAGCAACAAGUUGCGGACCUUCAUUUCGAUUCAACGAGGCUACCGGACAAUGUCGAUCAAUUUUCUAGUUACUUAUUUGAACAGUUUUUUAUCGAACAACUUUGCACAAUGGUUAAGCUAUUAAAUGCGUUCUACCCCUGUUAGAUUAAUUCUCACGAAUAAAACUCAUCCGUCUCACCUGUUCUCCAAAUGUAUU